AAAAAAAGCGUAUCCCUCUGUUCAGAGUGAGUUCGGGGUGGCGGCGCUUGUGGUGUCAGUUAAUUAAUGAGGGGCAGACGCGACGCGACGCGACAGGGCUUCUAAUUGCACUCAACGCGUCCCGUGCUCUCUAAAACAAACAAUGACAAGCACAUACCUACACUCGUCCACCUCCAACAAACAAUGACAAGCACGUACCUACACUCGUCCACAGUUCCCCGGUUUCACCUCCCUAUCCGCUGUCUACCAUCGUCCCCUCCUCCUCCUCCCGUUCCCCCUCCUCUCCCCCUCCAUCCCCUGCCAUUACACCAUCCCUUCGUUCGAUCCUUCCACAAAGUUCAGAUGAGAGGAUGCUUGGGAGCAGCGCCAUAUUUGUCUACUUCAUUGAAUCGCUAUGGUCCAGAGGAUAGCUGGAAGUCCGCAAAUGGUUGGGGAGUCGGCAAUCGGAAUGGGUGACGUUUGAAGGAUAUGGAGUCGUGUAUCGUAUUAUCCAGCGUUAUUUGAUGUGUGUUCGAAGCCGACAGCGACUGCGAGGAUCGGUUGAGGUGAGGUCGAGCAAGGCAGUCCAGAGAUGUAAAC